ACUUUUUCCUCGGUUAUGUUGAGCGUGUCGGAACACAUCCCUUUAAUAAAAUCAAUUCUGUAGUUCAACGUGUUAUCAAAGAAGAUUAUAUUAGGGACAGAACGAGUGCUACCGGUAUAGGAACUUUCUACAUGUGAAUGCAAAAUAUUACGUUUUGAUAUUCUUUAUUGGAAAAUAUUUUAAUAAAAAAUUUGUCACAGUUUGGAACAUUAAAGAAAGUGGAAAAAUUGUUGUAAUAUUGUUUGAAGAGGGUUAAUGAAGUGAAAAAUAGAAGAUUAAAGCAGAUAACUGAUAGGAUGUACAUUCCAAGGGAUGUGUAUUGCAGUUAGUGCAUGUUUUUAUCACCUGUGACACAGGUAAACGGUUGUUAGAUAGAUAGCGUUCCCUCAGGGGAACAGAGGGACGAGAUGCAGGGCUAUCACAAUGGUCCUGAGAUGCAGGGCUAUCACAAUGGUCCCGUUAAUUUCAGCCCACGACAUUCACAGAUCAAAAGUGUACAUGAUUCAUUCAACUCUGGUGUGUUCCCAGAUUCUGAUAGUGGGUUCAGUUCUAGUCUGAAGACCAGAAUGUAUCCUGAAGAUUAUAGUCCCCGGGGAGGUUCACCAGAUCCAGGUCCAGCUGCAGGCCCCCUUGUCAGAGCUCGCUCAAUGUCACGUCUCAACUCAACAUUCUCAUCACAAGACCUAACACCUCAUGAUCAUCCAUAUGUGUUUAAUCGAUCAGUGCGGAACCUUAAAACAACGCUUGAAGACAGUGAAAAUAGACGAGUUGUGUUGAUGCACAAACUGAAAGAGGCACAAGAUACUUUGGAUUUACAAAGUCAACGACUCAACAAAAUAGAAAAUGCAGCACGAGGGAACACAAUUCUUGUUGGAGAUCUGCAGUUAAAAGAAAGAGAAUACAGAAAGACAAUACAAACUUUUGAUACAUUAGAACAAGAAAGAGAUUAUUUGAAAAUGGAAAAUAUUCGUUUACGGCAGGAAAUGCAAGACAGGAUAGAUAAAUUAGAUUUCCAAUUGAGGUCACUUUCAGCUCAACACCAAGUGACAGAAAAUGACAAUAAUAAACGUAUGGUGCUUUUAGAACAAUCUACACAAGCUUUAUCUAUGUUGGAGAAUGAAAAUGGUAGAUUAACUCAGGAUAAAGACACUUUGAAAAGAGAAAUUGCUGUUUCCAAAGAAGCCAUGGAUUUGGCAAGAUCAAAGUUUGAACCUAUGGAAAAAGAGAAUGCCACAUUAAGGGUAGAAAUCAAACAUCUGAGAGAUGAGAAUGGAAACUUACAGAAAAGGAUUGGUGAAGUAUCAGGGCAGUUAUCAGAACUGAGGAGUCUCACACAGUCCAUGAAAGAUGAAAAUGAAAAACUAGCAGGGUCAUGGAAAUCAUUAGCUGAGGAAAAACAAAAGCUUGUAAAACAGUUAGAAGUGUCAGAAGAAAAAGGAAAAGAUUUGCAGUCAAAAGUGACUCUUUUUGGUGCUGAAAAAGACAGAUUGUUUCAUGAGAAAAUGGACUCAAAUAAUAAAUUACAACAGAUAUUAGUUAAUAAUGAACAGUUAGAAAGAACUAAAUCAGUAUUAGAAGAACAAAUUCAUGAUCAAGAGAUUGAAGUGUCAAGAGCUAAAAAUAUUGCCAAAAAGAAACAGGAUCAGUUUGUUGAUGUUGAAGAAGAACUAUUAGAUUAUAAAAAGGCCAACCAAGAUUUAGCGUCAGAGUUGGACUCAGUGAGAGCAUAUUAUGAGAGGUCCUUAGAACAGAUUAGUACAUUAGAAAGUGGUAAAAAAGUAACACAACAGCAGGCUGAGUUUGCUUUGACUGAGAGAGACAGACUGAAGGACGAAGUAGAGAAAUUAAAUAAGUUAGUAGAUAACAAAGCAAAGGAAUAUAAAAGGGAAAAAGAGGAAAUUGAAGAAGUCAAUGACAGUUUGAAGAGUGAAUUAAGACAGCUGAGACACGACAAUACUCUAUUGGACAACAAAAAUCAAGAACUGGAAACAUACAGGCAACGAUUGGAAAGUAAAUCUAACCUCAGACAAUCGAAAUUGAAGAAAGCUAAUGAAGACUUGAUGAGGGAGGCAACAGUCCAACAACAAGAACUAGACACAUGGAAGGAUACAUGUGAUAGACUUACGGCUUCUGUCAGUCGGAAAGAAAACGAAAUACAGACACUCAGUGAUAGGUUAUUAGAUAUGGAGGACUUGACGUCUAGAUUGGAGGGUGACAAUAAAGUGCUGAAAGAUGAAUGUGAGAAACUGUCAGAAGACCAUGAGGAUAAAGUCAAAUUAAAAGAUGAAAAUAGGAAGUUGAUACAAGAGAGGGCGGAGAAUGAACAAAUGAUCAAAUUAUUAGAGACGCAAAAAGAAGUUUUGACUAAGAGUUCUGAGAGUAGUUUGACCAAGUUACAUGAUGUGGAACAACUUUCAGGAAAAGUGGAACAGUUUAGAAAUGAAAAUGAACAUCUCAGGGAAAGAAUUUUAGAGUUAGAGAAGGUUCGAGAUGACCUGGUUAAUCAGAAAGAAGAGUUAUUGGCUAGCACAGAAUUAAUAUACAAGAAACCCAGACUUGAGGAAUUAGAAAACAAAGUGGAGGAAUUACGUCAUGCUAAUAGACAACUAAGGGAGAUAAAUGACUCUGUCAAUGACAAACUCGAUAACUUUCAACAGAUUGAUGAAUAUUCAGAGCUAGAAAAUUUAGAAAUGAAGGAAGCAAUGGUCAGUUCUGCACCAAAGAUAGAAGUAGAAAGACUAAGACAAGAAAGAGAUCAGCUGGAAGAUGAAUGUGAACAGUUACGUAGAGAGAAAGAUAGUUUACAAACAAGACAUGAAGAAUAUGUCAAAGAUUAUGGUCCUGAGGGAGAGGUAUCUUAUCAAGAAAAAAUCAAAGUCCAAAAACUGAACAGAGAAAAAGAAGAUUUAGAAAAACAAGUAGCUCUAAUCAAUGGCCAACUACUGUUGGUGGAAUCUAGUAAGAAAAGAUUGGAUGAGGUUGUUGAAGAUUUACAAACAGAAAUUGUACAUUUAAGAAAAGAAUUAGAAGAGGCUGAAAAACAAAUAGUACAAUUACGACAACAUUGUCAGAGUCAAAUUCGACCAGUAAGUGGACCAGAAGUUGACCACCUUCAGUCAGAGAUUGAGGCCUUAAGGGAGGAGCUUGAAAAAACACAAAGAGAAAAGAACAAGAAAGAUACACUAAUCAGAAGCCUGAAAGACGACCUUGAGGACACAAGAACUAAACAACCCCAUCAAAUAAGAGAAUCCUUAGAUGAUGUUGGUUCAGAAUUAACUGAGGUCAAAGGUGAACUUCAUAAGUUGAUUGGUGUGAUACAAGAUAAAGACAGAAAUAUUGAAACCUUGGAAACAGAACUGAAGUUAUCUAAAGAAAACCUUAACAGGAAAGAGAGAGCUAUCAGUGAAAUGAGGGGGAUGGGUAGUGACUCUGAUGACAGAUCCCUAGGGAGAGCAGGAAGAUCUAGAAUUCCCAGACGUUCAGAAGAUGGUAAGACAGAAAAAGGUACUAUUUUGAGACCAGAUAAGGGAAAAGAAAGUGAGAUUGUUAAACGACUAAAACCAGCAGAUUCAUUCAUGAAACUGCAUAAGGAACUUUAUGGUAUAGAUAGUACUGGUUCUUAUGGAACCAAAUAUUUCUCUAAGUAUAAUGUUCAUCGAUCCAAGAGUUUAACAGAUAAAGGGUCCAACAGUGGUGAUCGUUUACAGUCACUGAUAUCUAAAUAUAGAAGUUAUGGAGAAACAGGAAAUACAUUUCCUGAACGCAAAAUAAAGCCGCUAUCUUUAUCAGGCAGCAGUAAGAUGGGACUUGUUACAAAAGGACGCAGCUUUGGCCCUGCUGCUCCAAAGGACCAGCCAAAUGAGGUAACCAAAGAUAAAACACAACAUGUAACAUGGCAGGAUUGAAUGAUACCGAAAAGUUCUUGAAAUGUAGGAGUACCCAGACACCAGUAUUACCGUCCAGUCGAGUCAUGUGAUAUAUUCCGUCCACAAAGAACAGGGUUGUUUUAUUUAACUGUGAUAUGUAUUUACCCAUAUAGUUACUCAAGAUUUACAGCAAGCAUAAGAUUUCAUCAUUUAACCUACAUUCCAACAUUUUUAUUAUUACAUUUUGUAAAUCUUUUUCCAUCAAUAAUAUAUGUGAUAAUAAUCUUGGAUUUCAUUACAUCUGACAUACGUCAUUCUCUCUUCAAAAUGCUGUUUAUUUACACUUGGUUUUUGUCUUAUUGUAUAUUGAAAAACAAAAAAUUACCUCUUCAUAUUUGUAAACAGAACACAUUUUCCUCUUGAAUUGUGAAUGGAAAAAAACUUUUGUAAUGAAACAGUCUCAUUGUAUUUUGAAUCAUUUCGUACUGGUCGCUUUUGUUGAAAACAUUCAAAUAAUUACAAAUGUGCCAAUUAACUAGUAACAAACUGUUGAAUAGAUUGAUAUAAAGAUGCCAAAUUAUAGUCUGUGUGAUAUUUCUAGGUUACGUGAGUUGACUAGCCUGACAUCUCAACACAGUAUUACGGUGAAUCCUAAUAAUGGUCACCUUAGAAUAAAUAACAUCAUGACUAAUUUUAGAAUUAUGUGUGUAGACUGAUACAAUCCUCCUGAUAAGUUUAAAUGAUACUGAAUUCUAGGGUAAAUAAAAUGUGUGUUUUCACAUUCACAGAAAGUGAUGUUUCAGUCUUAAAUAUAUCUUUAUUGUAUCAGCAUUUAAAAUAUCAGAAUUAAGGUACAUGUUUAGAAAUAAUCUUUUACUGGUAGUGUUUCUUUAGCAUCAGAAUGCACUGGUACAAAACAUAAAGGUGCAAGCUUGGAGUUUGAUGAAGGAUGAUGAAUUUGACAAACAAUGUCACUUAAAGGUUUGGUAUAAGUAAAACCUUUGAGGGGAGGCAACUAUUACAAGGGACAAUAUUGGGAGCUAAUAAUGUAGAUUGUCAUGAACAGAGAUGGGGGAAAUUGCACUUUUGUCAGCAACCCUGAAAUAGCCACCAUUUUAUUGUUAUCAUUCUUCAAUGUUUGACUGUGAUAAGAAUACAAAUGUACUGUUUUCUACUAGAACAUACUGUGAUACAUCUCUUUAAAUAUGUAAUGUGAUAUGUUUCCUCUCUUUAAGUUGUUUUAGAUAUAUAUAUUUAUUAUUUAUUUUAUCUAGAUAUGUAUAAUUUUAUUGUUGAAUUGGAAACUAAAUUUUAUGAAGUAUUAAGGAAAAUCAAAACUUUAGUUUCUGUACCUACUAUAGAGACAUUUAUGUUUAUUAAAUGCAUUUAUUUUCA